AUGAAAAAUCUCAAAAGCAAAUCGGACAAAGAAGAGAAAGUCGGAAUAGAUAGGGAAACUACCCCAAAUCUUAUUAGAGAGUCAGUCAACUGUCUGAGCCCGAUAAGUCUACCCCGAAGAGAACCCGCAAACAGAUUAGAGAAGCUAAGGAUUAGAGGAGUAGAUACAGAAACUUGGGAGAACGAGGCGGCUAAGGAGUACGACGACCAACAGCAGGAGCCAACCAGUCUUCUGAAGUGA